UCAACGGCACUGAACAAGUGAACAAACACCACCCSUCAAAGUUUCUGCUUCGGCUUCAGCAUUCCGACUCCACAAACCAUACCGAAACUAAAAUUUUAGCUGUUCGUUUGGGACAGCGCCAACUAGCUUGCCACGGUGUGAUCGCUUUCAGAUCCACCCACCAUUACCGUGUACGACGCCUCACAAUCUCAUCAGAAAAGCCACUCCCAAACGGUAUCACAAAUCACAAAUGCCGAGCUUUCAAAACCCCGCCCCCGGGGCAAAGAGCAUGAAGUUCCAGGACGCUCUGAACCCAUUCACUCCCUUUCUUGCGCAGCCGGUACGUUUCGUAUGGAAUCGGAUUCUAUGUUCCUCGUGCGAGCAAGAUGGGUUGGUGACUCUUUUCGGACCGCGUGAUUUCGUUUUCUGGAGUGUUCUCACCAAUGUUAUUUCCUUCGUUUUCUUUUGACUCCCUCAUACCACGAAUUGUUCUUGCUCGCCGAACGACAAUGAUGUUCGAUGACGCUAAAUACACAAAAACAUCGAUUUUUUAUGCGAUACGAUUCGACUUAACGCGAUUCGAUUUUAUCCCGUGAACAACGUGUCUGGAACAAAAUAUGUGACAAUACACAGGGCGAUGAGCCACCCGAAGAGGACCCCACUCCGCUGACGGAAGCGUUCGAUACCCGACUUCGCCUCGAUGCAUCUUCGUCGCACGCGGCGGCAAGAUCGCAGCAACAGCAACAGCAAUACGUGCAGCAUCAAGAUCAAACCAGCGCUGCUGAGAAUAAAACCAACAGCAAGGCUUCCGCCUUUGACGCCAAUAUGGCACUGAAAAAGCAAAAAAAGAAGAAAGGGCGCGAUGGCGGAUACGACAACGACAUAAGCGACGACGAAGAGAGCAGCAACCACAGCGRCGACGACGAUGGUGAUCACGACGACGGAGACAGCGAUGACGAAUUUGAUUACUUGCUGGACGACGACGACGACGAUGCCGUUCUGCAGGCCAUCCGUCAGAAGCGCCUGCGCGAACUCAAAAAGGCGCAGAGCAUGGAGGCAGAGCACAAGGCCAAUGGCCACGGGGAGGUCCGGACCAUCUCACAAGACGAGUUCCUCUCGGAGUGCACGUCCAGCGAUCACGUGGUCGUCCAUUUUUUCCACAAGGAGUUCGAAAAGUGCAAGAUCAUGGACCACCACCUGAAGGCGAUCGCGACGAACCCCAAACACCUGUCCUGCAAGUUUGUCCGGAUCGAUGCCGAGAAGGCGCCGUUCUUUGKCGUGAAGCUGAAGAUCAAGACCCUCCCCACGCUGCUGGUUUUCAAGAACGGCCAGACCGUUGAGCGGCUGCUUGGCUUCGAGGGGCUGGUCUCGUCGAGCCGUGGCCCCACGGUCGAUCUGGAGGACUUUCCGACCAGCAGGCUGGGCUACUGGCUGGAAUCAACCGGUGCAAUUGAAUACGAUGGACCGGAGAGUGACGACGAGGACGAACGCGGAACGUCGAGCGGCACGAGGAGGCACCGGACGCGCGUGUACGACGAAGACAUCUGAGCAAAACCGCAAGCGAAGGAGAGAAAACAAAGCAUAAUCAAACGUAACGCAGAUGGAGCAGCUGCAACGAAAUAGAUUCACAUAUGUGGGGUUAUUCAAUCGGAUGGAAGUUUAUGUUUGGAUACUAUGACAAUUGAAGUAGCAAACGAAUCAUUCAAGGAUAAAUGCAUCUUUGCUUC